UCUACCAAAAUCUCAUCCUGCCGCUGCAUUCACUGUCCCCUGCUCGAGUGCCGAAUCUUCAUUCCGUCAGUCGGCCCACCCGUCAUGGCUGUUGACGCUGCCGUUAAUGUGACAAAUGCCGUGACCACCGCCACACAAUCACCCCUCGCAGCUACAGACAAUGCAUCUUCAUCCACCUUUGGCCUUAUGGGCCGCGUGAUUCUCGCCUCUUUGCGUGUUCUACCCGGCACACUGAUCUGGAUCAUCACAUUCACCACCAUCACCCUCCCCACAUGGCUCUUUACCCUCUUUUCCAUGAGUCUGACCUUCACCAUGAAUUUCACUACCUUGAUGUUGAUCCUGGUUUUACUCGUCUCCACAGUCAGCUACUUGGUCCGCUAUCGCUUUAUGAAUCUCUACACUAGAUUACCCCCGGAGCCACAACGCGAUGAACCUCAGAUCGAGGUUUUCCCGGAUUCUCAGGAGGGGGAUUCCAAGCGCGGCCUCGCCAACUACUUCGAUGAGUUCCUUAGUGCCAUCAAGGUCUUUGGCUACUUGGAGCGCCCCGUGUUCCACGAGCUCACUCGCACCAUGCAAACCCGAAAGCUAAUUGCCGGCGAGACUAUCUUGCUCGAGGAAGAGAACGGGUUCUGUCUGGUGGUUGAUGGUCUGGUUCAGAUCUUCGUCAAAUCCAAUCGGGAAACCUCUGAAUCCGAUGACGAAACCAUAUCCACUGAGCAAUCCGGUGAUCAUCCAGGCCGAGGAGGUCACAGUCAGGGCUAUCAGCUUCUCACUGAGGUCAAGAAUGGGGCUCCCAUGUCCUCGCUCUUUUCCAUCCUCUCGCUCUUCACUGAAGACGUCAAACUUCGUCACGAAGGGGAUGACGAUGCCGAUCCAGACUCGGGUAUACCUGAGUCACGCCCAUCCAUGUCCAGGAACAGCAGUUUCGCCAUGAACAACUCACGCCCACAAACCCCCGAUGCUCGAACUUACAGACAUGGGAGAACUUCCAGCUUGGCAAGUCCUACAGCUGGAGGACGUCUACCUAGUGUUCCGCCUCUUACGUUGGAUCUAAACGACCCCAAUGAUCCGGCUCGACGGUCUCAUAAUGAUCUGCGAAGAACUGAAUCCAGGACAAAGCCCAAAUCUGCUCACCCAGAUAUUGUGGCGAGGGCCAAAGUCGACACCACCAUCGCCAUUAUACCAGCAACCGCCUUUCGACGUUUAACUCGCAUAUAUCCCAGGGCAACUGCCCACAUUGUUCAAGUCAUUCUAACUCGUUUGCAACGUGUCACGCUAGCGACGGGUCAUGCAUAUCUGGGCCUGACGAGCGAGGUUCUGCGGACCGAAAAACUCAUGAACUCAUUUACAACAUACGAUCUGCCCGGUUUCCUACGCGAUUCUCCUCUUCAGAGACUCAAGGACAAGUUCAUCAAAGAGACCGAGCGCAUCGGCCCCGAAGAGGGAAUGAAGGGCAUCGCUCUACACAACCCAGGUGCCGGACGUCGACGGAAUCCUAGCAUCUCCCUCAGAAAAGGAGCUGCUGCGCACGCGCGUCUCGCAUCCGCUCGCGGACCAUCCGAUCCACAAACUCCGCAGAGUGACAGAUUUCCAUUACCUACGACGCCUGAGGCUAGCAAUGAUAGAAUCAGUGCUGGCGAUCUGUUGACCAACACACAGAUGCUUCGUGGAGGGGGCCGACAAGGGCGAUACAGCUUUUCGCAACCAGUUCAUCAAGAAAACCGCCGCGAUGCCCGCACUCCAUUGGACGCUAGUAGUUUCAACCCUUUUGCAUCGCCGCUAAUACGACCAGCAGCAUUGCAAAGAAAAGAGUCAGUAGAUGAGGCUGCCAUUUUCCGAGAAUCCGUGCUCGACUGCAUGUUCAAGGCCAUUGGUCUAACAGAUCUGGAAAAUCCAUUGCCGAAACCACAAUCGGUUGAACAAUCCCCUCGUUUGGUCUCUUUCGAUGCGAAGCGACAGAAAGCCAUCUUUAGUAAUGCAUUUGGCUUCAUGGAUCCGUACGAAGCGUCUCGAGAUGGGGAUACUGAAUCGGUCAUCUCGGCUUCCGCACAGUCCGCACUGAGUAUUGGCCACCAGAACAUUGUAGAGGACUGUGUCAAUGAUGUUGAAAUUGUUUUCUUUCCCAAAGGUGCAGUUCUUGUGGAACAAGGUGAACGUAAUCCAGGCCUUUACUAUGUCAUUGACGGAUUUCUCGAUGUCGGCGUGCCGACAGAAGAGGAUGACGCGGAGCACAACAUUCUCGGCACGGCUCCCACGUCGUCUACAGAGACCACCGAGGCUGAACUAUUUGGUGGCUCCAUGCCAAAGCGUACACCAUUGCAGAACAGCUCAUUCUUGAAUGAUGCCGCGAAGAAAAGACGGGCUAGAAAAAGUUUGUUCCUGACCAAACCUGGAGGUCUUGCUGGCUAUCUAGGCACCGUGUCAUCGUAUCGCUCUUUUGUGGAUGUAACGGCGAAGACUGAUGUUUAUGUCGGAUUCUUGCCUAGAGCCUCAAUAGAACGGAUAGUAGACAGAUAUCCGGUUGUUUUGCUGACUAUGGCCAAACGCCUGACUACCUUGCUCCCGCGUUUGAUCUUGCAUAUCGACUUCGCCUUGGAAUGGGUGCAAGUCAAUUCGGGACAGGUAAUCUACAACCAAGGAGAUGAGAGCGAUGCCAUCUAUAUAGUUCUUAACGGACGCCUACGAGCGAUCAAAGACGGCGCGGAUAACGCCAUGAAGGUCAUUGGCGAAUAUGGUCAAGGAGAUAGUGUUGGGGAACUCGAAGUGCUUACGGAGUCGACGCGCCCAGGCUCUCUGCACGCUAUUCGUGAUACAGAAGUGGCCAAAUUCCCCAAAACAUUGUUCAACAGCCUCGCUCUCGAGCAUCCCGGCAUCACAAUCAAGAUUUCAAAGAUCAUCGCCUCGCGUAUGAGAGCACUCGUCGACGACCCCCUCCACGAACAAGGCAAAGAAGUACGGUCUAAAGCUACAUCAACCGUUAAUCUCCGCACCGUUACCAUUCUCCCCGUCACUGCUGGAGUUCCCGUUUCAGAAUUCGCUAGUCGCCUUACGAACGCCUUGACUCAGAUUGGCACACCCAACGGCGUGGUUUCUCUCAACCAAGCGGCCAUCCUCAAUCACUUGGGCCGACAUGCCUUCAAUAGGAUGGGAAAGCUGAAGCUGUCCCAGUACCUUGCUGAUCUCGAAGAAAAAUAUGGCCUCGUGCUGUACGUUGCAGACACGCCUGUUAAAUCGCCGUGGACACAGACAUGUAUCAGCCAAGGUGACUGCAUUCUGCUUGUUGGUCUAGCAGAGGGCUCGCCAAGCAUUGGGGAGUAUGAGCGGUUUCUGUUAACGACCAAGACCACAGCCCGUAAAGAGUUGGUGCUUCUGCAUCCAGAGAGAUAUUGUGCGCCAGGUCUCACGCGUAAAUGGCUGCGCAAUCGUUCGUGGGUCAAUGGCAGCCACCACCACAUACAGAUGCCAUUCCGGACUACAGUUGAGCCCGUUCACCCAGUUGGCCGUCGCUUUGGCACUGCGAUCAAGCAAAGGGUCCAAGUGCUGCAAGCCGAAAUCCAAAAGUAUACCUCACGUCGUGUCCGACAAACUCCAUUGUACUCGGCAGAAACCCCGUUUAAGGGCGACUUUCAUAGACUUGCGAGGCGACUGUGUGGGAAGUCUGUAGGACUGGUAUUGGGAGGUGGCGGUGCGCGAGGCAUAUCACAGGUGGGCAUCAUCCGUGCGCUCGAGGAAGCCGGAAUACCAAUCGAUAUUGUCGGCGGCACAUCGAUCGGCUCUUUCAUCGGCGCGCUUUAUGCUUGGGAUGCUGAUGUGGUGCCCAUGUAUGGGCGAGCCAAGAAGUUUUCGAGCCGAAUGGGUAGCAUCUGGAGGUUUGCUCUUGACCUCACAUACCCUUCUGCAUCGUACACGACUGGUCACGAAUUCAAUCGCAAUAUCUUCAAAACCUUUGGAAAUUCCCAGAUCGAAGACUUCUGGCUAGAAUACUACUGCAACACGACCAACCUCAGCAAAUCCCGCACAGACUUCCACACCUCCGGCUACGUCUGGCGCUACGUCCGCGCCUCCAUGUCCCUCGCCGGCCUCAUUCCCCCGCUUUGCGACAACGGCAACAUGCUCCUUGACGGUGGCUACGUCGACAAUCUCACAGUCACACACAUGAAAUCCCUCGGCGCAGACGUAAUCUUCGCCAUCGACGUCGGCAGCGUAGACGACGACAGCCCCCAAUCCUUCGGCGACUCCCUCUCGGGCUUCUGGGCCAUCUUCAACCGCUGGAAUCCUUUCUCCACGUACCCUAAUCCCCCAACGCUCUCGGACAUCCAAUCCCGUCUCGCAUACGUGUCUAGUUAUGACGCGCUCGAGCGCGCGAAGAACACGCCAGGUUGCAGAUAUAUGCGCCCGCCGAUUGAUCAGUAUGGCACGCUCGAGUUUGCAAAGUUCGAUGAGAUUUACCAGGUUGGAUAUGUCUAUGGGAAGGAGUUCCUCGAGGGGCUCAAGGCUAAGGGCGUGUUGCCUGUUACCGAGGAGACGGAGAAGGAGAGGGAUCUGAGGAGGACUAUGGCGCCCAGACGGGCAAGUAUUUGA